GUGCGUGUUACUACUAUGGAUGCUGAGCUGGAGUUUGCCAUCCAGCCCAACACUACAGGGAAGCAACUCUUUGAUCAGGUCGUCAAGACAAUUGGUCUAAGAGAGGUCUGGUUUUUUGGACUUCAGUAUCAGGACACCAAGGGCUUCUCAACAUGGCUGAAAUUGAACAAAAAGGUAACAGCACAGGAUGUACGCAAAGAAAGCCCCCUGCUUUUCAAAUUCCGUGCCAAGUUCUACCCAGAGGAUGUGGCAGAAGAGCUGAUCCAGGACAUCACACAGCGCCUUUUCUUCCUCCAAGUGAAGGAGGCAAUUCUGAAUGAUGACAUUUAUUGCCCUCCAGAAACAGCUGUCCUUCUGGCUUCUUAUGCUGUCCAGUCAAAAUAUGGAGACUUCAACAAAGAGGUGCACAAGUCUGGCUACCUCGCUAGUGACAAACUGCUCCCACAGAGAGUUCUGGAGCAGCACAAGCUUAACAAGGACCAAUGGGAGGAGAGGAUCCAGGUGUGGCAUGAGGAGCAUCGAGGAAUGAUUAGAGAAGAUGCUGUCUUGGAGUACCUGAAAAUUGCACAGGAUCUGGAAAUGUAUGGUGUGAACUACUUCAGCAUUAAGAACAAGAAGGGCUCUGAACUCUGGCUAGGUGUAGAUGCUCUUGGACUCAACAUUUACGAGCAGAAUGACAGGCUGACACCGAAAAUUGGAUUCCCUUGGAGUGAGAUCAGAAAUAUCUCAUUCAAUGACAAGAAAUUUGUUAUCAAGCCUAUUGACAAGAAAGCACCAGACUUUGUAUUCUAUGCUCCUCGGUUACGGAUUAACAAACGAAUCUUGGCACUUUGUAUGGGGAACCAUGAGCUCUACAUGCGCAGACGUAAACCAGAUACCAUUGAGGUGCAGCAGAUGAAAGCACAGGCUCGGGAAGAGAAGCAUCAGAAACAGAUGGAGAGGGCCCUGCUGGAGAAUGAGAAGAAGAAGAGGGAGUUGGCAGAAAAAGAGAAGGAGAAGAUUGAACGUGAGAAGGAAGAGCUAAUGGAGAGACUCAAGCAGAUUGAGGAGCAAACCAAGAAAGCUCAGCAAGAACUGGAAGAACAAACCCGCAGAGCUAUGGAGCUGGAACAGGAGAGAAAACGAGCUCAGGAGGAAGCAGAGAAGCUGGCUAAAGAACGUAGAGAAGCAGAAGAGGCAAAGGAGGCCCUAUUGAAAGCAUCCCAUGAUCAACAGAAGACCCAGGAACAGCUGGCUGCUGAGAUGGCAGAACUCACAGCUAGGAUUACGCAGCUGGAGCUGGCCAGGCAGAAGAAAGAGAGUGAGGCCCAAGAAUGGCAACAGAAGGCACAGAUGGUGCAGGAGGACCUAGAAAAGACCAAAGAGGAGUUGAAGACUGCCAUGAGCACCCCUCACGUCACUGAGCCCAUGCAUUCUGAGAAUGAGCAUGAUGAUGAGCAGGAUGAGAAUGCAGCAGAAGCCAGUGCUGAGCUACGGUCAGAGGCCACCAUCAAGGACCGCAGUGAGGAACAACGCACCACUGAAGCGGAGAAGAAUGAACGGGUCCAGAAACACUUGAAGGCUCUUUCCUCAGAGCUGGCAAAUGCUCGGGAUGAAACCAAGAAGACAGCCAAUGAUAUGAUCCACGCUGAGAACAUGCGUCUAGGCCGAGACAAGUACAAGACCCUCCGUCAGAUUCGGCAGGGCAACACCAAGCAGCGCAUCGAUGAGUUUGAGUCCAUGUAAACUCUUCCCUGCACCUGCUGCCCUGCACUCUCUUCUCCUCUCUUUCCCAUCCUCUCCCGUCAUUCACUCGUAAUCGUGCUACGCUGGAACCACUACAGAAGAGUGACCAUGGUCUUAUUUAUCGAGUUUUGGGCAAAUGCUGGAGUUAAGCAACAGAAGAAAGAAUAGUAUUUACAUCUUCCUGGGGUGGCUUGUUAAAGCAAACAUAUAUUUGGGCAAAUCUGAAAUUGCUUGGCUUUGGGUAAAGUCUCACUGCGUGUAGUUUUGCAUUCCUUACCGAAGUGGCUGUGUUGCUGUCCUCUCUCAUUGGGUGAGGAGGCCAGCAGAUGCUUUUACUGAAUUAUGUACAGUAAAGUGCUAUGUUUGACACUGUGCCUUCCUGCUAACUUGUACAAGCUUCAGUAUUAAGCUUAGUAGCCAGGGUCUGAAUAUCUGAUGAUACAGAGUCUGAAUCAUGUAGUUGAGAAGGGGAGGCUGGAGCUUAGGAAGAAGGGUUGGAGGUAAAAUAUGGACUUUCUAAAAGACCAAAGCUUUUGUCCUUCAAACAUAAGCAGACCAAACAGAUUCUGUGGCGUUCCUUCUGGUGUUACCUUU